GUUUCCAUCUCUUUUCCCUCUCUCUCUCUAAAUUCUCACUUCACUCCUCUUUUACCUUCGUAACCUUCCCAGCUUCUCUUUUCUCCUUCUCUUUAUCAAGAUCCGCCCCAUCCCUAUUUUCCUUUACUUCUCUGCUUCUGAUGCGCUGGAUCUGCUGAAAGCAUCUGAAACAAUGGAGAUUUUCUUCUCAGCUUCCUCUCAACAGGCGGAAGAACCGUUCGAAAUUCAAGGUUUUCUGCUCAGUUCCUUCUUUUACUGAUGCAAUUAGGUUGUUUUUUCUAGAUCCGUCUUGAGAUUUUGAUUCUUAUAUCCAUGGCUUUAAUUUCAUCUCCUUUCCGAUCCGAAUCGGAAUCGAGAAGAUUCCGGAGACCUCUAAUGCUUAAAGAUUUCCUCCUGCAUUCCUCAUCUUCUAAUGGAUUCAUUUCCUUCCCGAGACGAUCCCGUACUACCGUUAGAAAUCUUCUGGAAAUCGAUCUCAGCGGUGGAGAUUCAACUAAUGAAAGAAGACUGUAUAGGAGCCGAUCGACUACGUUCUCUGCCUUACGGAGGGCAUCAGAAACGGUGAUCCAUGCCGUUAAGCAUCUUCCGUUCUACUCCGUUAAAUCCCCACCGUCCGUGCCUAAGCAGGGGAUUUUGGGGAGAAGCCUUUCCCAGAGGCUGAGAAGAAGCUUCUGGAAGAAGAAGCACAAGGAAGAGGGGAGUACGGAACGGAGUAAUACGGUUAGGGUUAGGGAUAUGAUAAGGUGGAAGCCGUUUGGAGAUGAAGAAGAGGAGAAGAAUAGGAAGAGAACGAUGGAUUUCUCUUCUGGCAUGGGAAGUGCGAGAAGCAGCAGUAGCAGCGGAUGGCUGGAGAGUGACUGUGCGUCCGACUCCGUGCAGUCGUGGAGUGGCAGUUCGGAGUAUUCGGGUGAAAACCAAGGGCUUGAUGGUAAAAAGGACAUUCAGAGGAGCAGCAGAAAGAGAGAAGGCGUCGGUGACGAUUCCAUGGAGACAGCUACAUGCCGCAGGGUACCAAAGGUGGAGGAAGCGGAUAAAAGAGGGGGAGCAGGCUCGUACGAGGAGAAGGACCAGUUAAGUCCUGUUUCCGUGCUGGAUCUUCAUCCAUAUGAAGACGAAGAAUCGCCAUCUUCGAACCUGCCAAACACUAAGAGGACCAAGAAGAAAAUUCAUCAUAAACUUGGACGGUUUGGGAUCAUCUCUCAGCUGGGGCCCAUCAACCUUGAUAAACCGAUAUAUCAGACCGAACUGGAAGAAGAAGAAGAUGAAGACAUGAAGGCAACAGACAAAGCUUAUGACUUGCUUAAGAUUCUCAAAGCGAGACGUGGAGAGGUGAAAAAAGGGACAGGCGUCGAUCGACUAAUGUUGGAUUUCUUCAGAGAGGGAUUGGUAGAGUCCAAAACAAAGAGAAGCAUGCGUGUGAAAGAGGAAGAGGAGCUGUUGCGAACGGCGGGCCGUUGGAUGAAUUUGGAAGGAGGGAGGGGAUUGGGGGUGGAAGAUAACAAGGUGGCGUACGUUAAAGGAAUGGAGGAGAGCGGGAGAUGGAGGGAGUUUGGGACGGAAGAAAAGGAGGUGGCGGUGGAGGUGGAGACUCGCGUCUUUGGUUCGUUGCUGGACGAGCUGUUGCUUGAUCUCCUUUCCCCCUGAGGAGAUUGGUGGGAGGAGGGACUGAAGGGCCCUGAUGCAUCAAGAACGUGAAUGAAAUCGGAUUGCGUACUGAGUACUCAGUACGCUCUUAUCGUACUGUAUAAACUCAGUUGGGCCCACCUUAAAUGUAUGUGGUCUAUCUACACCGUCCAUCCGUUUUUCCAUCUAAUUUAAGGGGUUGAACCUAAAAUUGAAGCAUAUCCAAAGAUCAAGUGGAUCAUACCACAGGAAACAGUGGGGAUAAUGAUUUCCACCGUUGAAACCUUGCUAGGCCCCACAGUGAUGUUUAUUUUUCAUCCAACCUGUUCAUAAGAUCAUAAAUACAUAGAUGAAGGGAAAAAAACAAAUAUAAGCUUGAUCCAAAACUUCUGCGGCCCCUAAGAAAUUUUCAAUGGUGGAAAUUCGAGUCAACUGUUUCCUGUGAUGUGGCCCCUUUGAACAUUUAAUAUACUUCAUUUUUGGGUUCAAACUCUAAAAUCAUCUGGGAAAAUGGAUGGACGGAGCGGAUAAAAUGCAUAAAUCAUGGUGGACCUCACAGAGUUUACUCACUGCGCAAUCCGCUUCCAAAGUGAAUAGGGUCCAUGUGUCCGUGGCUCCGUCAUCCAGACCCAUCUAAUGAUGGUCCGCUGUUGGCAUGACGGUAGAAAACAGCCAUCCAUGGAAUCAUGUUUCGACCUUCAUUGCACUUCUGAUGACCGUUGAUUUGUAUGGAAGAGAGAGAUUUUAGGCCUCCAUCGGCUACCCGGGCUGCUAAAAUCCAUGGUGUGGAUCUUGCAUGGGCCUUACAAAAGCAAACAGUGCAUGAGGAGGAGAAAGUCUGGAUCCUCUGCUUGCCAUGUGUAAGUGCCCACAAUGUCAUCACACCUGGAUCAAUAAGGACGCAUGAAAACAGAAAUUUUCUUUUCGUGGCAAAGAGUAGCCGGAUUUAUGAGGAGAAUAUUCACUACGUAUUGUAACAGAAUUUAUUUCUUUGUUCUUUUUCUUUUUCUUUUUUUUUUGGCUGAGCUUGAGAAGAAAAUCUCAUUGGUUAGAUCCGACGGUCAUUUUAGACAGUUGAAAUGACUGAAAUGCUCCUCAGGGUAUGCUUAGGUACAUGGAAAUAUAGAAAAAAGAUAAUAAUUUGCAAUGAUUAUUUUUAUCCCAUUGUUGAAGACUUAUUUUUAACAAA